AUGGGAGCUCGAAAGAAGGAGGUAUCCCGCCGCGAGCGGCAGGGCGUCGCAACGGACGGCAUGACAAAUGUCAAAGUCAAGGGCGAGAAUUUCUACCGAGAUGCCAAAAAGCUUCGGACACUGAACAUGCUGAAAGAUGGCAAAGCGCAAAGAAAUUCCGAAGGAAAAAUUACGAGGGCUGCCUCGUACCAGUCCCGAGAAAUCCCCAAAGCACGAGUCGAGCCGAAUCGGAAAUGGUUUGGAAAUACUCGAGUUAUUUCGCAAGAUGCGUUGGACUCAUUCAGACAAGCUGUGGCGGAGCGAGCCGCGGAUCCAUAUCAGGUCUUGCUCAAGACAAAUAAGCUGCCCAUGAGUUUGAUUCGGGACUCAGAGAACACAAAGAAUGGAAUCAAACAACACCAGGCUAAGAUUGCUGUGGAAUCUGAACCGUUUGCCGACACCUUUGGGCCGAAAUCUCAACGCAAGCGGGUAAAGUUGAGUGCGAGUUCUAUGGCUGAUCUGGCCGACGAGUCAGUCAAGAUGCACGACAACUAUUUAGAACGUCUGGAAGAGAACAAGUUGUUGGGUGGACAAACGGCUGAACAAUUGCAAGGACCGCAAGAAGGAGAACUCACCACUGCACGAGAACCAAUUUUCUCCAAGGGCCAGAGCAAACGGAUAUGGAAUGAAUUAUAUAAGGUCAUUGAUUCUUCGGACGUCGUUAUCCAUGUGUUGGACGCCCGAGAUCCUGAAGGUACAAGAUGUCGGAGUGUCGAGAAAUACAUUCGGGAAGAGACGCCGCAUAAGCAUUUGGUAUUUGUCCUGAACAAAUGCGACUUGGUGCCCACCAGCAUAACGGCUCAAUGGGUCCGAUUGCUCUCGAAGGAAUACCCUACACUGGCGUUUCACGCGUCCAUGACGAAUUCCUUUGGAAAGGGUUCCCUAAUCACGCUGUUACGACAAUUCUCAACUCUACAUUCAUCACGAAAACAGAUUUCGGUAGGAUUCAUCGGGUAUCCGAAUACCGGCAAGUCCUCGAUCAUCAACACUUUACGAAAGAAACGAGUCUGCAAUGUCGCACCCAUUCCGGGCGAGACCAAAGUCUGGCAGUACAUCACUUUAAUGAAACGGAUAUAUCUUAUUGAUUGCCCUGGAGUAGUCCCACCGAGUCAAGGUGGCACGGAAGAAGACAUCCUUCUACGAGGAGUUGUUCGAGUUGAAAACGUGGAGCAUCCCGCCCAAUAUGUCGAAGCCGUUUUACGACGGACACAGACCCGUCACAUCGAAAGGACGUAUGAAAUCAAAGCGGAAGAUUAUAACGACGAUCCGUUGGAGUUCCUCGGUAUUCUGGCUCGUAAAGGUGGGAGGUUACUGAAGGGUGGGGAACCGGACGUCGAUGGUGUUGCCAAGAUGGUCCUAAAUGAUUUCUUGAGGGGCAAGAUUCCCUGGUUCACGCCUCCACCGAAGAAAGAAGGCGUGGAAGCAGCAGAUUCCGAUGCUUCUGCGGAAGCCGUCGAGGGAAGAGAAGGUCGACUUGGCGAGAUACCUGGGAAAAGAAAAGCCGAGACUGUCCAGAGUCAAGAAGAAGUAAAUCGUGAAGGGGAAGGAGAAAAAGGUAUAUCCGCUGGUGACGCAGAAGAGCAAAGCGAUGAAUACCCUAUGGACGAUUUUGAAAAGUUCGACGACGAAGACGAAGAUCAUGAUGACAUGAGCAAUUCUGAAAGCGACGGCGACGGCGGCACUGAACUAUGA